GCUUCCAUCACCUCCUCCACCACCACAACCAUCACCCAGAAGGCCUGAAGCAGGCAUGUUGUUCCUGACUCCACCCCUCUCAGCCAGACACUGCCGUCACCCCGCGAACAACUCACCUGGUCAAUCCGAGCCUUCUGCCGGGUUACCACGGUGACCUGAUCCCAUUCAUUCUCGGCUCUCGAUGCUCAGGGGCCAGCGCUGAGGACUUCCGUCAUUCCGGGUGCUCUUCCUGAAGGUACAGCCCUUGAUGGGACCCGGACCUAGCAGACAGACCAGUUGGACAGUCUGGAGUGCGGCGUUGAGAAUGCUGUGGGAAUAACCUGGGAACAACGCUUUGAACAGCAGAAUGCCCGUACACCAGAUCUCCGUGGUGCCGGUUCAGGAGACGGCGAGUAACGGCAAAAGUGCUUCUCGUUCCAAAGACAAGACUGAGGGAGGGAAGGCCUCUGGACGCUCAGGGAGUCGUUCCAGCAACAUCUCCAAGGCGAGCAGUUCUACAACGGGACUGGGCACGGCCACCGUGUCUCGUACGUCAGUCACCCCCUCGUCUCAAGAUAUUUGCAGUACCGGCCCCCUGACUCGCCUGGAGGAGGAUGUCUCUGACGGACACACUCAGAAACCUCCUCAGAAAGGAGCGAUGGCGGCCACCAGCGCCAAGCAGAGCUCCUCCCAGAAGAAGCAGGUGAAACGGCGGCAGAGACCCAAGCGAGACAGCUGCACCGCCACCGUCGAGACAAUCGCCCAACCUCCGCCCGACCGCGAGCGCAGCCCCAGCAGCGAGCGCUCCGACAGGGCCGAGAAACAGGACAAGGGCUCCAAGCCGAGGAAGGAGCACGUCCGCCACCGCGGCUCCAUCCCCCCGCAGUCGGAGUCCUCGGAGGAGGACGAGGAGACCUGGCGCCAGUCGCGGAGCUGGAGCAAGGAGAAGGCUCGGAGGGGCAGGCGUCGGAGCGGGAGCAGCCGAGACAGGGACGGGGGGAGAGGGGGGGGUGGAGACGGGGGGGAGAUAAUGGAGCUCCAGUCGGUGGGCUCGGACGAAGGCCGCGAAAACAAGGAGAACCAGGCUCCGGUGGAAAACGGGCAAGGGGGACUGAAGAGCCGACGCGGUGGGGCGCCGAGAAGGGAGGGGCGCGCCUCCCAAAGGGGCGGGACCCAGCGCCUGGACGGGGAGUCUCGCAGCCCCGGGAGUUCCUCGCUGGUGGAGGAAGGGGAGGAGCACAUCACCAAGCGCUACCAAGAGAGGGGGGCUGGGGGUGGGGACAUGUCGGUGCCGACGACACGGAGCGACUGCGCCGUCAACGGCACAGUGGAACCUGGGUCUGACGAUGAAAUGGAGGUCUGCAGAAUCUGUCACUGUGAGGGGGACGAGGAGUUCUCAUUGAUAACGCCGUGCCGGUGCACGGGGAGUAUGAGGUUCGUCCACAUGGCCUGUCUAAACCAGUGGAUCAAGUCUUCAGACACGCGAUGCUGUGAACUGUGCAAAUAUGAUUUCAUCAUGGAGACACAGCUCAAGCCGCUAGGCAAGUGGGAGAAGCUACAGAUGUCCACCAGUGAGCGAAGGAAGAUCUUCUGCUCGGUGGUCUUUCACUUGAUUGCGAUCAUCUGCGUGCUGUGGUCGGUCCAGGUUCUGGUCAAAAGGACCAUCGACGAGAUCAGUCUAGGCAAAAGCUAUGACUAUUUUUGGAGCUUAAAUCUACAGAACUACAGUACAACAGAGGUGUUUCAAUGGCCGUUCUGGACCAAGCUGAUUGUGGUGGGGAUCAGUUCCUCCGGCGGACUCAUCUUCAUGUACAUCCAGUGCAAGGUCUACCUCCAGCUGUGGCGUCGCCUCAAAGCCUUCAACCGCAUCAUCACCGUGCAGAACUGCUCUGAGAGAGCCCAGCAUCCUGUGCAGGCUCCUCCCCCCAUCACCACGCUGGCCAAUGGGAAGCACGACACUGUGGCAGUUCCCAUGGGCCAGCUCUCCAAAGGCGGCCAGGAGUCUCAGUCGGACUCUGACUCGACCACGGAGGACGCGGUGGCGCCGGCGGAGAGCCCUGUCUGAGGCUCCUCCCCCUCAAACUGUCCCGACUCCCAAAUCACACCCUGUGUUGUAGCUAGUGCACUUUUAAGUGGGUGAGAAUAGGGUCACUCGUUUUGGACCCGACAGGUAGAAGCAACAUGUUACGGACGUCUCCUCAUGUACCCAAGUGAAUGAGGAAGAGGAUAGGAGUUAGGGAGACAGGUAUCUCGAAGGCUACUGUGCUAUUAAUGGGACCAUCGUUGGUGUCAGUUUGCAGUCACACUGAGGGACAGGGUAACAGGGUGCAGCUCAGAGUUUGAUACGCUGUCGAUGCUGGUGCUAGCGCAUUAGCCUAAUGCUAACCCCACUCUCCAGCCAAUCAGGGCCUAAAAACCCCAGAGUCCAAAUGUGAAGUAUACAAUCAGAGACCCUGUAUGCUGGGCUAUGCUAUGAUUACAGUAGCUAAAGUUCCUAGUAGUGCAACCAGUGGUAAUACUGAAACCAAAAACAUGACAGGUCAAGUGUUACUAGGAGAAUCCCUACCAGGGUGUAGAUUAUUCCUAGAAGAGUACAGGAAGUACUAAGUAGCCAAAGAAGAUCAUUUCCUCUCACUAUAUGCAGCUUUUGAUUAAAGUGAUACUGGAAGUAACUUGCAUUUAUCAAUCACUUUAAUGGUUCAGUUAUAAUUUGUGUCUUCCGUGUUUUGUAUUAUGCUCAAAUGUUCUUGUUUAUUAAUUGACACACAGUGGGGUUCUGCCUCUAGAUUGACAGCCAGAUGUUCUCAGUGAACAAAUGUCCUCUUUUUUAUGCAUUUGUUGAAUGGCACAUUUUACCAGUUAAUACUCUCACUGAGCUAAAAAAGGAAAUACAUAAUGUGUUUGAUUACCUUAACGAUUUGAGAAAAUUCAAUUGAGUUUUUCUGGGUUUUGCAAAAUUUUAUAAUCAUCUGAAUUGAGUAAAAUACAAGAUUAUUCAAAUUGCAUAUGUACCUGUUUGCAAUAAAGCACUGAAUGUAUAUCAUCA